AGCAUGUCAGGUCGCGGUAAAGGCGGGAAGGGGCUUGGCAAGGGCGGCGCCAAGCGCCACCGCAAGGUGUUGCGCGACAACAUCCAGGGCAUCACCAAGCCCGCCAUCCGGCGCCUGGCGCGGCGCGGCGGCGUCAAGCGCAUCUCCGGGCUCAUCUACGAGGAGACGCGCGGGGUGCUCAAGGUCUUCCUGGAGAACGUGAUCCGGGACGCCGUCACCUACACGGAGCACGCCAAGCGCAAGACGGUCACGGCCAUGGACGUGGUCUACGCGCUCAAGCGCCAGGGCCGCACCCUCUACGGCUUCGGCGGCUGA